UCCUCCUACCCUGUACAGCCUUAAAGCCUGUAGAAUAAGAAUACAUAAAUCCAGAGACAGAGAGAGAAAGAGAGAGGUGGGGUUAAGAGAGGGGGAAAGAAACAGAAGGCAAUAAACUAGAUUGGGUCCAUGAUUAUUAAUUAAGAGGGAGAAGAAAAAAGAAGUCCUUUUUGUUUGGUUAUGCUCUCUACAUAAAAAUACCCUUUUACUCCCUUGUUUCAGUGCAGGCUUCUCUUAUUCUCUCAUGGCAUGUUUAGAAAUGUACAACAACAAUCAUCAUGCUCAUCCUCUUCCUAUGAGCCCAAGAAUCUCCUUCUCCAAUGAUUUUGCUGAAACUCACUCCCAUAAUUCACAGCAUUUGCUCAAUACUACUACUAAAACUGCUGCACAAACACAACCAGCUUCUUCAGAUUUUGAGUUCUCUGUUACUAAUCAUAACAUGCUUAGUAGUGCUGAUGAACUUUUCUCUAAAGGCAGACUUUUACCCUUCAAAAACAACAACAAUGGCAACACUCAGAUGCAGAGGACUUUAAGAGAUGAACUUCUUGUUAAUGAUGAUGAGACUGAUUUCUCUCUUAAACCUCCUAAAGGUUCUUCUUCUAAUAGGUGGAAAGGUUUUCUGGGUCUUAGAAAGUCUCACAUUGGUCCUAAAAAGCCUGAGAAAAAUGUUGCUUCUUUUGAUUCUGCUAGAAUGUUCUCUUUUUCCCUUGAGGAUCCAAAUCUUACCAAAUCUCCUCAGGAAAUGGUGAGCAAUGAAGGUGCAAGUAGCAAUGAUAUGGAGAUGGGGAUAUAAUUACAGAGAUCAUAUGGUGUUCAUAGAGAGAAGGUGCAACUUUGACUGUUUUUGUCUUUUAUUAAAUUUUUAUUUUCUAUUUACCUUCAAUUUUUCAGAGGAGGUUAUGAUGGAAUCUAGAGAAUGCUAAUAUGUGGAUUAGUGUAUUGGUCUCAACUUUGAUUCUUCACCUUUUUUUUUUGGGGACUUUUUAGUGUUUUAUGCACUAGAAGUUUGUCCUUUUAGGUGUUUUGAUGUACAAAUUGGAAGAAAAAAAAAUUGUUUGCAGGUUUUUAUUUCACUCUCUUUCUCUCUUUUCUAUUGGUCAGUUGAUUAGAUCUGUUUUGCUUUUAGUUGGGUCUUGUAAUGUACCUCCAUUCCACUAUAAUGUACUUGGUUAUGUAA